AUGGGCCGCGAAGAUCAGAUUGAAGAGCGCGAGGUGCUCGAUUCCAUUUUUCCAGAGGAAAUCACAGAUCUUUCUGAUACUUCAUACCGGAUAUCUAUCGUCCUUGACGCGCCGGAAAAUGACGUCGAGGAAGCUGAACAGCCAGUGUUGAUCCUGCAGGUCUCAUAUCCUGCAGAUUAUCCCAAUGUUGCUCCGGGGCUCGAAAUAUCCGCUCCCCCAAAUGCCCCCAAACACCCCCGGCUAGAUAUCCAGGAGGACCGGGAUCGGCUUCUUGAAUCCCUACAACCUACAAUUGAGGAGAACCUGGGGAUGGCCAUGGUUUUCACUCUUGUGAGCGCUCUCAAGGAGAAUGCCGAGCUUCUGAUGUCUGAGCGGGUGAAUGCCGUUCAUGCACUGAAGGAGAUGGAAGCCGCUAAGGCUGAAGAAGAGGAGAAUCGAAAGUUCCAGGGCACAGCAGUGACUAAAGAGAGGUUCACAGAGUGGCUGGAGAAAUUCAAGGCGGAGAUGGAGGAAGAGGAGAGGAGGCAACGAGAAGAGAAAGAGGCAGACGAUAAGAAGGCUAAUAAAAAGACUCCGGUCAAGGAAGAGAAGAAGCUGACUGGGAAACAAUUAUGGGAACGUGGCUUGGCUGGAAAGGCAGACCUUGAUGAGGAAGGCGAAGAUGCUUUGCCUGCUGUUGAAAAGCUGAAGGUUGCUGCAUAG